AUGGCAGUCGAUAGUCUUUUGGAAGAUGAGGAGGAGAAUAUUUUGUACGAUUUACUCAUAAAUACCGAAUGGCCUCCUGAAACGGACACACAGUUAAGGGGCUACAAGGAGCACGAUUCGUCCUUAAUCGCCAAAGCGGUGACAGGUCCCUUCAGAUUCAUCCUUCACUACUUGUGGUACAGCCCGUCCAGUUCUUCGCUGCCUCCAGGACUUGUGCGUCUGGCCUCCAAACAGAUCAACUGGCAGCUGGUGUUGGCAAGCAAUGGGAAGCUGUUGGCUGUCGUUCAGGACCAGUGUGUGGAGAUCCGGUCUGCGAGGGAUGAUUUUGCCUCUGUCAUUGGGAAGUGCCAAGUUCCUAAGGACCCUAACCCUCAGUGGCGCCGCGUGGCCUGGAGUCAUGACUGCGCCCUGUUGGCCUACUCCGACAGCACCGGGACCGUGCGCCUCUUCGACCUCAUGGGCAGCGAGCUGUUCAUCAUCCCACCCGCUGUGAGUUUCCCGGGUGAUUUCAGCUAUGCUGCGGCGGGCCUGGUGUUUUUGGAGUAUACUGCCAGUGCCCAGUACUCCUCUGAACUGUUAGUCAUCACCUACAGCGGUCAACUACGGAGCUACUUAGUCAGUGUGGGCACCAAUCAGGCCUUUCAGGAGAGCCACAGUUUCAGCUUCUCUGGCCAUUACACCAAUGGCAUCACUACAGCCAUCUACCAUCCUGGACACCGGCUACUCCUGGUGGGCGGCUGUGAGUCGAGUGUGGAGGGGUCGUCCCGUGCCACCCGGAGCGGCCUGACGGCCUGGAGACUGUUGUCCGGGCAACCGCACUACAAACAGGUCACCAGCUAUGAGGACGACGUGGGCUCGGCCCAGAGGAGAGGGUUCUUCCGAGUGCCAAGUUUCAGACUGUUCUCCCGCCAAAGCAGCGAGAUGGAUGGUGUGUUCAGGAUGUGUCUGUCACCUGACGGUGCUCGGCUGGCUGUGGUCCACUUCUCUGGCCGCCUCAGCCUGUGGGACAUCCCCUCUUUCAGACACAGAGCCAGCUGGGAGCAGAACCAACAGCCUGGAUUUGAUGACAUCAACCCGGAAUGGAAGACCUCUCUGGAGAAGAGGAAAAAAAUAAAAGAUAAGGAGCAGUACGGUUCUCUGAUGGAUGUGAGCUGGUGGACUGACUGCGCCCUCAUCCUGGCUCGCUGCUCCGGUUCCCUCACCGUCUCGUCUUUGAGAACCCUUCGGAACCUGCUGGGCAAGUCCUGCGAGUGGUUCGAACCGUCGCCCAGGGUGACAUCUGCUUACGAUGGGGGAUUCCUUAGUCUGGAGUGUGAGGUGAAGUUGGCCCCUAAGCGUGCCCGCCUGGAGAGCAGCCCUGGUGGUGCUGAGGAGGACUCUGAUGCCGGCAGCAGCGGGGGCCCCGGCUCUGGGGACGAAGACUCGGACUGCGAGGACGACGCGGCGGCCUGGGCGCGGGCCCGUUACCUGGGCUACUAUGUCAAGCAGGGCCUGUACUACGUCACGGAGAUGGAGCGCUUCGCGCCGCCGCGCAAGAGGCCCCGCACCGUCCUCAAGAGCUACCGCCUGGUCAGCCUGCGCUCCACCACGCCAGAAGAGCUCUACCAGAGGAAGAUUGACAAUGAGGAGUAUGGCGAGGCCUUGUCUCUGGCCCAUGCGUACGGCCUGGACUCUGACCUGGUCUACCAACGCCAGUGGAGGAAGUCCACAGUGAGCAUCGCCUCCAUACAGGACUACUUGAGCAAGAUUAAGAAGCGUGCGUGGGUGCUUCAUGAGUGUGUGGAGCGCGUGCCGGAGAACGUGGACGCCGCCAAGGAGCUGCUGCAGUACGGCCUGAAGGGCACCGACCUGGAGGCUCUCAUCGCCAUCGGCAACAAGGAGGACGGGGGGCGCUUCAUCUUGCCUGGUGACGUGGAUGUGGACGAGGCUCCCUAUGAGGACUUCCUGUCAGCUGAGGAGGAAAUGGAGACCAGGAGGGAGAAGGAGCACGCCAGGAGACAAGCACUGCUGAAGGAGAUAGACUUCAAUAGGCUGACUCUGGAGCAGAAAGAGCUGUGUAGGAGUCGUCUGAAGCUUCUCUGCUACCUUGACAGGCUCGCCACCUACGAGGAGAUAUUGGGAGGGCCUCAUGCCGCGGAGGAGAGAUAUGAUGCUAAAUUCUUUAAGACUUUCCGCAGUCAGAAUAUUGUCCUGUCAGCGAGAAACUAUGCCAGGGAGAGUAACGUGCAGGCUCUGGAUAUCCUCUUCACCUAUCACGGCUCUGAGCUGCUUCUCCAUCGCCUGGCCGUCCUCUGCAACUUCCCUGAGACCACCUCUCCACACGAAUACACCAUACUGCUGCCAGAGGCCUGUCUGGAUGAUCAAGGGAUGCUGGGUUGUAUUCCCUGGGAUGAACGAAGACACAGAGACACAGACUGGUGUGAAGAAAAUGAGUGCAGGUCGGUGGUGGAGACGCACGUCGUGGAUGAGGCUGACUUCCUGUAUGAGGAGGGUGUGGCGGUACCACCGCGGUUCCGCAUCGCCGACCCACCAAUCACGCUGCUCACCGACUGGUACCUCACGCGCGCCAAGGACAUCGAGAAUAACUCCAGACAGGUCGACUGUGCGCUGUCAUUGGUCCGUCUGGGGAAGGAGCGCGAGAUCCCGGGACUGGAGCAGCUGUGCGAUGACCUGGUUACCCUGGAGACGCUGGUGUACGAGACGUCAUGUGACCUGAGCCUCAGUCUACGGGAGCUGCUGCAGCUGUGUGACAUCGACAAGCUCCGCCUACUCAUGAAAAAUUCGUCAGAGCAGCGUUACGUGCGUAACUGUUUCCAGUGGAUGGUUCCCUUCCUGCAACGUUGUGAGCAGGGGGGCGGAGCUGUGUCUGGGGGCGGGGCCGAGGCUGAGGGUACUGCUGCAGCCCUGCUGAGGGAGUACCUGGUCGCCCUGGCAACCGAGGACCUCACCCUGCCCCUUAAAGUCUUCCAGCACUCCAAACCUGACUGUAACCAGAAGAUCAUCUCGGACCCGGACCAGCUGAUGCGUGUGUCCCUGGAGUGCAUCUACAGGACUGAGAGGGACGACCAGCUGCCCCUGUGCUACGACAUACUGGAGUGCCUGCCCCAGAGAGGAUACGGACCGGAGACAAAGGCUACGAGAAAAUUACACGACCAAGUGGACGAACUGGAGAAACACCUCAGUGUGGCUGAGAGUCUCGAGAAGCAUGGUUUGAGGAAGCCCAUCUCCUUCGUGAGGAAGAGUCAGUCCAGCGUGGACGAGGCCCACGAGCUCAUGGUCAAACUCACCCGACACGUCGGACGCAGGGCUACUCCAGUCAGCGAGAGCGAGUGGAAGAACCUGCUUCAGGAUCUGCUGGAGAUGCAGAGAACGGUGUACAAAUGCCUCAAGCCAGAGACCUGCCAGGAGAUCUUCACGGAGAGCCUGCUGUGCUCCAGCCGGCAGGAGUCUAUCGGGCUGGCGGGCCAGAUGAUGCACUGCAGCGCAUUGGCCCAGGACACCCCCAUCAGCGUCACCCUGAAGGCCCGCGCGGCGCCAGGACGAGUGGCCUACCAACGCAGCGUGGAGCUGGUGCUGGCUGCCGCGCGCGAGUACUUCAACUCCUCCGCCACGCUACGCGACCCCUGCAUGAACCUCGCACGGUCGUGUCUGCUGCUGAUCUCUGACUGUCCGCCUGUGGUGGCUGAGGAGCUGGACCUCAUUAGCGCCCUCUCCAGGCUGGAGGACUUCAACGUCAAAAUCCUCCCCCUGCAAGUGCGUCUGUGUGAGGAGCGUCUGUCCCUGAUUAAGGACUGCGUGGCCCAGUCUCCCUACGCCUACCGCCAGGCUACAACGCUGCUGGAGCUCGCCAGACUUCUCAGAGUGGCAGGUGAUGACGAGGCGAGGCGUAAGGGCCAGGUGCUGACUCUGCUGGCGGAGCAGGCGCUGCUGUCUGAGGACUACAAGGCCUCCUACAGCCACUGUCAAGAGCUCAUGACUACAGGCUACAGUGGUGGUUGGGAGGUGUGCGCCGGCUUGGGUGAGUGUGAGGCCUACUCAGACCUGCCGGCGCGUCAGAAGCUGAUGGCCUUCUCCCUCACCCACUGCCCCCCCGCCAGCAUCCAGACCCUCCUGGCAGCCUCCAGCUGCCUUGACACACAGGUGCUGUGCAGGGCUGUGAACUACCAGAGAGAUCCAACCCAGUCAGAACCAGAUUCUGAUGAAACACCCGAAGAAGAGCUCUCUGAACAGUCUGGAGACCUGCUCCACAGGACCACGGCGCGUACCAUGCAGGUGCUCAGCCAGACGGGGGAGACCACCCGAGCAGUGCUGUCCGCUGGAGGCAGCGUGCUCUCAGCUGUCACUGACAAGCAGUGGUGGAGGGACUCACUCAACUACCUACGCCCCCUACAGGGUCAAGGCUUUUCGCCGGGUGAUGAUUUGGCCAAUCACAACACAGAUCUGGACAGACAGGCAUGCCACCCCUUCUAUGAGUCGCUCUUUGACAACCCAUAUGUCCACCCGAGUGAGGACGUGUACGGGAGCUAUGACUACUCGCCCUGUGAGGACUUUGCUGAGGUGUUGCUGAGGACAGGAAAACUUGCAGAGACAAGCAGCGAAGGACAAAACCUCUUCCCUGCGACAGAGGUUCUCCUUCAGCUGGCGUCCAAUGCCUUUCCCCGCGACAUGACACUCGCCCUGGCCUACUUGUUGGCCCUGCCACAGGUGCUGGAUGCCAACCGGUGUUUUGAGAAGCAGCCAGCGAGUGUGCUGUCCCUGCAGCUGGCGGCCUACUACUACUCCCUGCAGAUCUACUCCCGCCUCGCACCCUGCUUCAAGAACACCCAGCACCCCCUAUACAGGGCCGACCCCAAGGAGCUCAUCCGAUUGGUUAGCCAGCACGUCAGCGAGCAGGAGCCGGACGCCGGUUGGCCGGUCGAGGAGAUGGGCGUCCUGAUCGACCAAUUGCGCGCCUACUCGGAGCGGCUGGCGGACUUCGUCCAGGCCCAGGUGCUGCAGGGACUGGGCCGCGGAGUGGACACCCAGCGCUUCAGCUCAGACGCCCAGUACAAGAAGGAGACCAUCCUCGGCCUUGCAGAGACGCUGGAUGAGAGUGUGUAUGGCAUCUCGUUGUCCCUGGCCCAGCGUUACAGCGUCUCGCUCUGGGAGGUCUACAUGACGCACCUGGAGUUCCUGUUUACGGACAGCGGGCUGUCCACCAAUGAGAUCGAGAGCCGCUGCGAGUCCCUGGCACUGCUGCCCACGCUGAAGAACAAUCCGGAAGGCUUCUACGGCCACAUGCUCAAGUAUGUCUACCCUGUCAUCGCAGGAAGUGACCUCAGCCGCCUGCUGCUCUACUAUUCGCUGCUGGAGUCAUGUGACUGUGCCCAGUACGUCACCGCGGCGAUGAAGCCCGACACGCACAUCAAGCUGCUCAAGAAGCUUAAGGCCGUGGCCAACGGGCUGGACUACAGGAAGCUGACUGACGAGUCGUCGGAGCCGCUUCAGGCCCUGGAGCCGGUGCUGAGCAGCCAGAACGUGCUGUCCAUCUCCAAGCUGGUGGGCCGCAUCCCCCUGGCCUCGGGCGGAAACCUCACCCCCAGCGCCGUGCACCUCGCCUGGCUACGUCGCCUCUUCUGGCAGGGCGACCCCCAGGUGCUGAAGAAGGCUCCGAGUACGGACUCUGAGUUCCUGCACGCCUACGACACCUGUGCCAAGUACCUGGACCGCCUGGUGCCCAACGACGCCGUCUCCUUCCUGGACUUCAUCACCUUCUCGCCCCAGGCAGCCAAUAAGCUGUCUGUGGAGACGCGUGUUGAGAUUAGCCGGCGAGGCCUGAAGUGGCUGCGUGCGGCGUCGGAGAAGAGCCGGAAGAAGGGCGGAGACGACCCGGCAGGCCACGCCUCUUUUGAGCCCGCCCUCGAACACCUCGGCCAAUCAACAGCCCACCUGGAGACACUCACCACCAAGUUCCCCCUGUCACUCAGAAACAGCAGCGAGGAAGCCCUGCGGCGCUACAGCCGGCUGUAUGACCUGUCUCGCUCCGAGGUUGCCAAGGUGCAGGAGCUGGCCGUCACCAUGGCGAUGGACGGACAGCCGCUCAGGAUAUUGGAACAGCUGCUGGAGGUCGCCGUGGCAACCGGCCAGCUGUCCGUCAAGACGCUGAUGCAAGACGCCGUGGACCGUGUCAUAGUAGCCUUCAGUGGAGAUGAAGAGGUGCUUAAGGAAUACCCGGAGCCACUGAAGGUUCUGGAAGGCAUCGUCUCAGCCGUGCGUGACCAUAUUGAGGAUGGCGGAGGUCUGGUGAGUUCGGAUGACGUGCUGGCGUGGCUGCGUCCGUUCUGCGGUGAUGAGGACCGCCCCGUGCGUCCGCGUAUCGAGGUGCUGAAGGUUCUGGAACAGUCCUUCAGCCUCAGCCCAGAGGACGCACGCCUGCUCGUCUACUUCCGCAGUCACGCCAUUCUCAAGGCCGGCUGGCCCCACAGACAGCUGGAGAUGAAGGACAUAGCGGAUGAGCAGACUCGUCUUUCUCUCUUCCGGGACCUGCUGUCCUCCAGUAGCCAGUGGGCGGAGUUUCAGCACCUCAUGCUCCUCCUCCAGGCUUGGCCUCCUGUAACCGGGGACAACAUGACGGACCCUGAGAGCAACCCGUGGGUGAGCCUGUCUUCCAGUCUGCUGCAACACGCGUCCUCUGCGCCCGAAGACGGCAGCGCAGGAGAGGAGGUCCUGAACAUGUGCCGCACCCUCUACCCCACCAAACAUACACUUCCUCCUCAGUGUAUUGGUCGUGUGUCCUCUAUGCUUCUGGAUCAGUCUCUGCUGCUGCCAGGCCUGAAGCUGAUGACUGAGAGCAAGGAUGAGCAGCUGCUCCCACUGGUCCUAGAUCAGCUCAAAGCUGUCUCUCAGGUGGAUGCCAGUAGCUGUGACGGUGAGCUUCUCUCUCUCCUGCUGAGUGCGGGCUUGCUGCUGGGCUGCGUGGAGACGGCCUACUACCCGCGCCUGGCCGCGCACCUGCUGGCCCACCACCAGGAGGGGGGCUGGGACGUGGAGGCGUCCACCCGGCAGCUCUCCCAGGCCGGCCACGCCGCUCAGGCCGGCUCCCUGCUUCUGGCCUACCGCGGGGCUCACCCGGGGCAGAGCACCUUCAGCGCAGCGCUGGCUGUUGUUCGCCAGUGGUUGUGAGAAGGAGAAGGGGAAAGGAGCCAUGUGUGUGUGUGUGUUGCUUUGAUAAGUUUCGUCAGAAAAGCACAUGAUUACAAGGACUAUGUGUGAGUGAAGGAUAGCUUUCUAGU